GCCGGGGCAGGCGCCGGAGAGCAUCAUUCCUGAGCCGAGGAGGAUACCGCCUAGGAUGUUGCCGUCGUAGGGGCCGAACAGCCCGAGGCUGGAGGCGGCACGGGGGACGAGGUUCGGAUGGUUCGGUUGGAGGGCUUGGGCUAUUGAGACGGUGGCUCUGAGGGGGUGUUAGCUUGAGAUGUGAGGAGAGUGACGAAACCAGGAGUAGACGUACGCUGAACCGGCAGCCGCGGUGAGGAACGUUUGGAUCAUGUGGAAGUUGGUGAAGUUGAGUUGUGAGAUGAUGACCGAAGGUUGGAAUACUCCUGAUGCUGUCAAGGCGGCACCAAAGGCGGCGCCUGUGAGGAGGGUGUUGAUUUCUGACAUUGCUCCUGUUUGUUCGGUUUGUUGUCCCUGUGAGCGAGAAGCACUUUCAGUUGGUGUGUUUGAUGGCAAAAGUGAUGAAGAUUCGCCCGGCUGAUUGUGACUUGGGAGAGAAGACGACAUUGGGAUGGAAUGAUCUUGAGAUGACGAGCUAGAAAUAUUAUACUGUUAUGUUAUGUCUGUGCCCUGGUCCAGGCGGGUCUGUUCUUUAAUAUCGGCGGUUCGUUCACUCUGCGGGCUUCGGGGAACAGUCUUAACGGCGGCGGACGGACGUUCAGAAGGGUGGGAUAGUGGGGUAUCAACGAACGUCACCUCUUCGGCCACCACACCACCAUCCCAACCUGCGAAGUUGCUGCAGGGCAUAGCUUCAACGCAGGGGGCCAGCCUUGGUGGCGUGGGCAUGCCAUCCUGCCAGAUGAUUACGAAUCCAUCAGCGAAUCGUGGGUAACUGUCAAAGCAUCAACAUGAGAUGUUUGGUCAGUGGAGCACCUUUGCCAUGACAGCUUCAACGUUACCGAGCUGACCGACACCUUCCGAGAACAUGUCUAUUUUGGUCAAUGCAGGGACAAAAUCCCGAUCACAACCGUUGCCAACACGUGGGACUUUACCGGCUUCCAGAGCGAGCGAACCAGCAGUGCCCAGGCAUGACGCACUGAGACAGCUUUUCCGCCGGGGACCAACCAGGGCACCGGGUGCUUCGAGAAGCAAAAGCAAAGCUGGGAUUUCUUUGUGGGAAGAGGUGGUCGCCGAUCGUGCACAGGCCACCCGGCGCGGGAACCGCAUAUCGGGGUCCAGUGAGUCUCAACCCCGGCCGCCCCCGAGAAUCCGGGGCUCGGCAGUGGGCCCCUAGGUCAUAUCUUAUCCCCGGAGCUGACAAGCCUAUGGCGUUCACAUCGGCGAGCUGCAUAAGCAAUUGUUUCAGAGGCAGUGCAGUAUAUGAAACGGCAUCCGGGCUUGGGUAGCUGUGAACUUGAGGUCCCCGACCCCAAUGUUCCAUUGUCAUCAUCACCGAUAUUCAUGCAUUACAUCGACGCCGUUUUAUGUCAACAAUUAUCCCUGCUGUACUACGGGAUGGCGGCUUUACGCCUUGUGAUCUCACUCAGGACCUCAAGAGGAUGUCACGAUGUAUUGAAGUUGAUCCCCGACCAUGUACAUGACGGGACACAUGCCCUUGCCUGGUCCCCGGCUCAGAGCCCUUCUCAUGGAGCGACCCGGUGCUCCCGAAUCUCGGUCGUCUGGAGUUCUUCUUGUAUGACGGUCGAAAGCUACGUCGGCGAUUAAUCCUCAGCCUGAUGUUAGAAUAAACUUGUCACAAAUAAAAGCCAGAGGUGACUGCCCACCAGUUCAUCCAUUCUAUUUCAUCCAACCAUCGUACUACAAAUUAUCCGAACACUCAACAUGGCAUCUCCGAUUGUCCACCCCAUCUUUGAGCCUGUCACGGGCACCUGGCAAUACAUUAUUGCUGACCCGUCCACCCUUGCCGCCGCCAUCAUCGACCCCGUGCUUAAUUUUGAACCCGCCCGCAAUACCGUCUCCACGGCCACUGCUGAUUCCUUGCUCGAUAUCGUCGUCCAGAACAACUACAAAGUUGGUUAUCUUCUCGAGACACAUACCCAUGCAGACCAUCUGUCUGCUUCCCGGUACCUCCAGCUCAAGCUCGCGCAAUCAACAAACCCGAAAACAGGGAUUGGCAAGCGCAUCGUCCAGGCCCAAACCACAUUUGCCCAGAAAUACGGAGUCGAACAAUCCGAACUCGAAGAUGUUUUCGAUUUUCUUUGGGAGGAUGACCAGACUUUCAGAAUCGGUGACUUGGAGGCAAAGGUGGUCCAUCUGCCUGGCCACACGCCUGAUCAUGUUGGAUAUUUGAUUGGCGGUUUGUUUUUGUCUCUUUCCAGCUCUGUCGGUGAUUUUGAUGCUGACCGUCUCACCUUAACCACCGCAGACAACAUCUUUUGUGGCGAUUCUCUGUUCCUCCCUGACGUUGGCUCAGCCCGUUGCGACUUCCCCGGAGGAGACGCUGUCCAACUCUACCACUCAGUCCAAACCCUCUUCUCCCUCCCCCCACAUCACAAGAUCUACACAGGCCACGAUUACCCAUCCGGCGACCGCAGCGACCCAGUCCCUUACACGACAGUAGCCGAGCAACAAGAACGGAACAAACACCUCAAGAUUGGCACAACACAACAAGAGUUUGUGAACUGGAGGCAGGAGAGGGACUCGGGGCUUGGGGAGCCGAGGUUGCUGCACCAGAGUCUGCAGGUUAAUAUCCGAGGAGGGAGACUGCCAAGGAGUGGGAUGUUGGUUUUGCCUUUGAAGGGGACCAGGGAAGUGGGGGGUGUGAGGCUUUGA